GGAGGCGGACACGGGCAGGACCCAAACAAAAGCUGGGUGUCCUGGGAAGACGGGGGCCGCCGACCACAGCACCGGGCGGCGCAGGGAUCCUCGGUGCUGUGCGGGGCGGGGAGAGCUCCGGCCGCAGCAGCAGCCAAUGAGCGCCACGUCUCCGGCUGUGACAUAUGCAGCAGGCAGAGUAGCAGAUAAAGAUGGCAAUGUCUCUGAUCCGGGCAUGCCGCAGCCUGGCGCUCUCCACCUGGCUCAUCUCCUACUGCUUCGUGCAUCUGCUCUGCAUGGACUUCACGGUGGCGGAGAAGGAGGAGUGGUACACGGCCUUCGUCAACAUCACCUACCAGGACCCGGCCAACGGCACCAACCGGACGGAGAAGAGCGAGUGCGGGAGGUACGGGGAGCACUCCCUCAAGCUGGACGCCUGGGGCUUGGCGGUGAUGCCCUCCCCGCAGGACAGGCUGGCCUGUGACCCGGCCGCUAAGUUCCCGGUGCCAGCCCACGCCGGGAGAUGGGUGGCCCUGAUCCCUGUGGGCAACUGCACGUGUAGGGAUAAGAUCCGACAUGCCGCCCUGCACAACGCCUCGGCCGUGCUCAUCUACAACGUGGGAUUCGGGAAUGACACCAUCACCAUGUCCCAUCCAGGCAUUGAAGAUAUAGUAGCAAUAAUGAUCCCGGAGCCUAAAGGGAAGGAAAUCGCAAGCUUAAUAGAGAAGAACUUUAAUGUCACGAUUUACAUUACAAUUGGGACGCGGAACUUACAAAAAUUUGUCAGCCGCACCUCAGUGGUGUUUGUUUCCAUCUCCUUCAUUGUCCUGAUGAUCAUCUCUCUUGCCUGGCUAGUAUUCUACUACAUCCAAAGGUUCAGAUACGCCAAUGCCAGAGACAGAAAUCAGAGGCGGCUUGGGGAUGCUGCAAAAAAAGCCAUCAGCAAAAUGCAAGUCAGAACCAUCAAAAAAGGAGAUAAGGAGACGGAGCCAGAUUUUGAUAACUGCGCUGUGUGUAUUGAAGGAUAUAAACCUAAUGAUGUUGUCCGAAUCUUGCCGUGCCGACAUCUGUUCCAUAAGUCCUGUGUGGACCCCUGGUUAUUAGAUCACCGCACGUGUCCAAUGUGUAAAAUGAACAUUCUCAAGGCUCUGGGUAUACCACCAAAUGCAGAUUGCUUAGAUGACAUCACUCCAGAUUUUGAUGGCUCAGUAGGACCACCAACUAAUCAAAUUACAGGAGCCAGUGAUGUGACCGUGAACGAGAGUUCAGUAGGAGUAGACCCCGCUGUCCGUACUGUAGGUGUUUUACAGAUCAUCCAAAAUGCGGAUGUACUUCCACAGGUUGGAGAGGUCAGCUAUACUGCAAGCAGUGAGCAUGAGCCAGCAAUCAGCAGUGACUCUGAUAUAUCUCUCAUCAUGGCAGUAGAUGUUGGACUUUCAGAUGUGGAUCUUUCCACGGACCAGGACUGUGAGGAGGUGAAGUCAUGAGCAGGUCUGUUGCUGAGUUCCAUAGGAAAGAUAUAGAGAAGGGGUAAAGCAGUCGGCUCUCCCGGAGUUUGGACUAUUCCAAUAAGUAAAAACCACUCACCAUCACCAUAAGUCUCCAGUGCACUCCAUUAUGGGAUGAUCACGAAAAAAAAAGCAAUAGCGCCAGAUGCCUGCUGUUUCAGCACAGAUCCUUACCCCGCAGGAUUUUAAGCUGUGUUGACGUGGGAGCAGUGGCCUCCAAAUUUACUCACCCGUGCAAGACAUCAGUCUUCAGGCUCCCCUGAUGUGGACGGUAGACGUGGACCUAAAUUGAAAUCGAUGAUGCUGUUUUUAAGAAGCGAUAGAUACUUCACAAUCCCACUUUUGUCAUUUACCCAGUUUUAAACAAUUUAUUGUAUCACCAAUAUCCCAGUCACGAAAGAAAAUGUAUGUCGGCGUCUCCGCCAAAGAGAUUGGGAUGGUCAUGAAUGAAUGCCCUGCUCUUAUCUGAAGGAAGCUAUGACUGCCGGAUGGGCACCCGUCCCAGAAGCACUUGAGAAGAAAAUGUUUUUCGAGGGGCUGUGCCAGUUGCAUGUGAUCUGGCAUUUCUCAUGAACUGCAUAAAGAAUGUUAGGUACUAAAAUUACAAUCUGUUGCUCGGAGUCAUUAACGAGGCUCAGUGUGUGAAUUAAGGCACACAUUAUGUUAUUGCACCAUCAGUUUUAGAUCCAUAUUUUAAGAAUGUUGUUCAAAGUGUUUGACACUGUGCAGAUAAUUUUUAUUUUAUUUUUUAAAUCCCCACUUAUUUAUUGUGGGGAACCAGUCCUUUUGACUCUUAAUGGAAAUGUAUGCAGUAUUGUGCUUACACUACAGAGUAGCAUAUGUUUUUUCAAGAAUAAAUAUAUAUUUUUUCAAAACAGAAUAUAACUAUUAGUGGGUGAAUAAAAAAAAAAACGAGGGUAAUUAGGUGCUCUGAUGUUGUGUAAGGUAUCAUACUGGCUCAUGACAUUCCAUUAUACUAUGACUUAUGACUUGAUGACCCGAGACGCAAAGUAUUUUUUCUGAGAAUUGAAUGUAUUGGCAUCAGCUACAAUGAAUUCUGUUUUAUAUUCUGGAAGCAAGGUUUUUAUUUAUCUAAUAAAAAAAUAUAGUCACAGUUAGCUAAAAGUAGCUGAUAUGUCGUAAUAUGGACAUUGGUAGCUAUAAUAUAAUAAGUAAUACAAAUUGAAAGCCAAAAAUUAUGAUAUUGUAAAGCUGUUUAAGAAAAAAAAUGGACAUUUCAAAAGUUAAUACAUCAGGUGGUAAGGGUAUUUGGUUGGCACAUGGAUGGAGAAUAUCUUAGGAAUAAUACAGUUUCACUUGUGCAUCUGACGUUUGCGGUAUAUUAAUUUACAGCAGACCUUGUACAAGCUGUGCAGCUUAAUUGACACAUUGAAAAUAGGGGCUUAUCCCCUUAAGGACCAUCCAAUCUAUUUUGUGGUCGCUGUUCUAGAGAGGCUUCUGUGAGUUCUCCUGCCGUAUGAUUGAACUGUAACUAACGGCUCUGGUUCUUAGAGCAGCCGAUCGGAGGUAGCUCCAGCCC